AUGGCUGUGGAAGAAGUAGCAGUGUCGGGCAUGGCCAGAGAGGGGCUGGGUCUGCUGGGACACAUUGAACUUGGUUCUCUUGAUAAACACACAUGGUCCAUCCGCUUCUACCAGCCCUGGGUGCACCCAGCUCUGCCUAAGAGUGACUGGGACACCAUUGAGAACCUGCUCAUGAUCUAUUUGCAGCAGUUCAGCCAUCUGAUCAAUGAAGGUGCCAUGCAAAGGGAUGUCCCCUGCAGUCCCAGCCCCUCAYGCAACCUCUCUCUCCUCUCCUCCCUCCCCUUUGUGACUCAAUGCAUGGCAGGCUGUGAGCUCUACCCCAACAGAACCUCACGAACCUAUGUGGGUUACAAUGGUCAGGAUUUUCUCAGCUUUGACACAGAGAAUGCCAGCUGGACCCUCUCCCAGGAUACCAACUUGUCACGGUAUGUCGGUCAGUWCUCCAGAACUGCCCUGCUGGUGAGUGAGCUGGUAGAAAUUCUCUUCAAUGAUACCUGUGUUGAUGACAUGGAGGUGUUACUGAACUAUGGGAGGGCAGCUCUGAAGAGACGAGGGCUGCCUGUGGCCACGGUCUUUGCCCACAGCCCCAGCCUAGACCAGCUACUGUUUGUUUGCCAYGUCACCGGCUUCUACCCCCGUCCCAUCAGCGUAGCCUGGCUGCAGGAUGGCCAUGAGGUGCCUCUGGACCCAGUGCUCAACUCCAGCACCAUCCUGCCCAAUGCUGACCUCACCUACCAACUCCGCAGCAUCCUGGCCAUGGCCCCCCGUGAUGGGCACAGCUAUGUCUGCCGUGUGCGCCACUGCAGCCUGGGCACCCGCAGCCUUCUCAUCCCAUGGGGGAACUCAGAAGUAGUGCUGAUCACAGGGCUUAUGACAGGGCUGCUUGCAGCCAUGGCUAUASCUGCCAUAUCAGUGUUUCGGGUGUGGAGACAAAGAAAGCACCAGUGGAUGGCAGAAUCAGAGUCCAGGAACUCCAUCCUGAGCAAAGAAGGUUAG